AUAAAGUGGAGGGUAAAGACUUUGGAGUAUCUUUAACAGGUGUCAGGUGUCACAAAGCAACAUGUGGACUGUCACACAGACUCAGUCUCCUGUGAUAAACAAAGCAUCUGUGCAGGGAUUCAGUUUGUAGCUAGAACAAGAAAAGUAGAACCUGAGACACAUCAAGCAGGUGUGAUGGAUGUGAGGCACAAUGUGUGAGUCAGUGAUCAGUCUCUUUGAUCAUUAGCAGUCACACAGGGCAGGAUGAUUUACCUGUCUCACACAGCUCACCUGCAGUUCCUGGCCCUGGUUGUCGGGUUUCUGGCAUGGAUCCUCAUCCUGACCACAACCGGCCUCAACGAGUGGCGCCUCUGGCACGUCGCUGAUGUGUCCGUCAUCACCUCGGGUGUGGCCUGGGUGGGUAUCUGGAAGGCGUGUUUCUACAGUCACGCCCUCCCCAGCAUGGAGAACUGUCAGAGCAUCAGCAUCUCAGACAGCUUUGCUCCUGCAGAGAUCCCCGUGGCUCAGGUGCUGAUGGUGCUGGCGCUGAUCAGCGGCCUGGUGGGGAACAUCACCGCUGCAGUGGCCAUGAGGAUGGUUUACUUCUCUGUGGAGGAUCGUAGGAACAUCAGGCUGGUCUUCGUGCUGGCAGGGACCCUGUAUGUGCUGACGGGGACCUUCUGCUUGGUGCCGCUGGCGUGGAACAUGAGCUCUGUGCUCCACAACAGCACCAUAGACUUUCCUCCUAAGUUCCAGCUCCCUGCAGCUCCUGUCCGACAGCAAGUCGGUUCAGCCAUCGGAGUGGGCAUCUCCGCCUCCAUAAUGAUGCUCAUAAGUGGGCUGGUUUUCCUCUGCUACCGCUAUGCCUGGGCAGCUCUGAGCACAGAGGCCCCUAGAAACACCAGGGACCCACUCCAUGGCCCCUUGACAAAAAUGACCCAGGCACAGAGGUUUGGAUUAGCAAAUGGAGACAACCAGGGCAGAGAUAACCCUGCAUUUCACACUGAAGAAGUCUCAUGAUGGAGAAACAUCAGGAACAUUUAACUCAUGGAUGGAUUACUGAUUGGGCCUACCAGGCACAGACCCAGGGACCCAAAGUGUCAGGGGCCUCCCUGGUCAUACUGACAAGGAGGAGACUCAAAAUGAAAACAGAGAGAUGCAAAAUUUGACUUAUUUCCAGACUUGGAUUUUUAUCCUUUUCAUUCAUGGCAAAGUGACUCGAACAAUGUCAGAAGAGCUGUCACAUUUAAAUACCUCAGUAAUGUCAUACUCCAAAAAAACCUGUGAGCUACACAUUAAUAAUACAGGAUGGUACAUCAAAACACAGCAACAUCCAAAAUAACAGUGGAGAAUUAAUUGCAAUUGGACCACAAUCUGAAAAAU